UUUAUUUAUUUUUGCAUUUGCCUCGGAGGGUGCUGAUCUGGGUUCUUGCGGAUCGGUUCGAUAGCUGGUUGGGAUCUUGGAUGCGGAUGGCAUUGAUCCUGGAUGCUGGGUCCUGAAGGUUUCGAGCGUUUUGAGGAAAGCCGCCACCUUUCCCAGCACAACUGAGCCAUUUGGAGAAUUACGAAACUAUUCCCCGUUCCGUUCAUUUGGCAAGUUUAGUUCGACAUAUCAGGAAAUAGAGGGUUUAGAGUUUAUGCGUUGAGGCAUGGAUAUAAGCAAUGAGGCGACUGUCGAUCGGUUCUCCAUCGGCCCUUCAACAAUCAUGGGGCGAACGAUUGCUUUUAGGAUUCUGUUCUGUAAAUCCCUGUUCCAUCUGCAACACGAAAUCUUGCGUGUACUUUUGGCUUACUACCAUAGGAUAAGAGCCAUGGUGGCCCCAGUGUUUUCUUGGUUGCAUCCAAGAAAUCCGCAAGGAAUCCUAGCGAUGGUGACCAUAGUUGCUUUCUUGUUGAAACGGUACACCAAUGUAAAAGUGAGGGCCGAAAUGGCCUACCGGAGGAAGUUUUGGAGGAAUAUGAUGAGAACCGCGCUGACCUACGGGUGGGCUCAUGCUGCGAAGAUGCUUGAUAAGGAGACGCCAAGGAUGAAUGAUUGUGACCUUUAUGAUGAAGAACUGGUGAGGAAUAAGCUUCAAGAGCUCCGCCAUCGUCGCCAGGAGGGAUCUAUGCGAGAUAUCAUCUUUUGCAUGAGAGCCGAUCUAGUGAGAAAUCUUGGCAACAUGUGCAAUCCCGAGCUUCACAAAGGGAGGCUUCAAGUGCCGAAGCUCAUAAAGGACUACAUCGAUGAGGUGUCGACACAGUUAAGAAUGGUGUGCGAAUCAGAUUCUGAAGAGCUCUCUUUGGAAGAGAAGCUUUCUUUCAUGCACGAAACUAGGCAUGCCUUUGGCAGGACGGCUUCUUUGAGUGGAGGAGCGUCCCUCGGAGCAUUUCACAUUGGCGUGGAAACGUUGGUGGAGCACAAGCUUUUACCUAGAAUAAUUGCAGGCUCCAGUGUUGGAUCCGUCAUGUGCGCCGUCGUUGCAACUAGGUCUUGGCCUGAGCUCCAGAGUUUCUUUGAGGAUUCUUUGCACUCGUUGCAGUUCUUCGAUCAAUUAGGUGGCAUUUUUACAGUUGUGAAAAGGGUUAUGACACAAGGAGCCGUUCAUGAGAUCAGACACUUGCAAUGGAUGUUGAGGCACCUCACCAGCAAUCUUACGUUUCAAGAAGCAUAUGACAUGACUGGACGAGUUCUUGGGAUAACGGUGUGCUCGCCAAGGAAGCAUGAGCCCCCUAGAUGCCUCAAUUACUUGACUUCGCCUCACGUGGUGAUGAGUGCAGUGACCGCCUCUUGUGCCUUCCCUGGUCUUUUUGAAGCUCAGGAACUAAUGGCGAAGGAUCGGAGCGGAGAAAUUGUUCCAUACCAUCCGCCAUUUAAUUUAGAACCAGAGGAGGGUUCAGGCCCAUCUAUGCGUCGGUGGAGGGAUGGUAGCUUGGAGAUUGAUUUGCCAAUGAUGCAGCUGAAAGAGCUGUUCAACGUCAAUCAUUUCAUCGUCAGUCAGGCAAACCCUCAUAUUGCACCACUUUUAAGGCUCAAGGAACUUGUUAGAGCUUAUGGAGGAAACUUUGCAGCCAAGCUUGCUCACCUUGCUGAGAUGGAGGUAAAACAUAGAUGCAACCAGGUCCUGGAACUUGGUUUUCCUCUGGGAGGAAUAGCCCAGCUGUUUGCUCAAGAUUGGGAGGGUGAUGUCACGGUUGUUAUGCCUGCAACACUUGCUCAGUACUCAAAGAUGCUACAAAAUCCAUCUGUUGUGGAACUGCAAAAGGCGGUCAAUCAGGGGAGGAGGUGCACUUGGGAGAAGCUCUCGGCCAUAAAAGCCAAUUGUGGCAUUGAACUUGCUCUUGAUGAAUGUGUUGCGGUCCUAAACCACAUGCGCAGGCUCAAAAGAAGCGCCGAGAGAGCAGCAGCUGCUUCUUCUCACGGUUUAGCAACAGUCAGGUUCAAUGCUUCUAGGAGAAUCCCUUCAUGGAAUUGCCUUGCUCGAGAAAACUCAACAGGAUCCCUGGAGGAAUAUAUCCUCAAUGAUGUGACUUCCUCCUUACAUCCUCAGGGAAGUGGUUUUCAUGCAUCAGGAGGAUUGUCAGGCAGAAAUAUACUGGCUCACAGGCAUGACGGAAGCGACAGCGAAUCGGAGAAUGUUGAUUUGAAUUCGUGGACGAGGUCAGGUGGCCCAUUGAUGAGGACUGCAUCAGCAAAUAAGUUCAUCGAUUAUGUCCAGAAUUUGGACAUUGACUUUGAACUGAAGAUGUUGCCAAGUCCAAAUUCCAUCAAUGCUCAGAUGGGAAGAGACCCAUUUGUCCAAACCUCGCGGGUGACCACACCAGACCGGAGUUCAGAGGGAAUGGAGUUUGACCAGAGGGAUCUAGGGACUAGAAACAGCUCGAGCAUAACAGUCAAUGAAGGUGCUUUACAGGCAGAAAGGGUUCCUGAUGGGUUCGUGCUCAACGUCGUGCGAAGGGAGGAUCUGGCAUCGCCAAAUAGAAGUGGGGACUGCAGUUGCGAAGUCCCUGAAUGCUUGCAACUGGAUUCGCCGGAGAAGGAGAUGGAUGUGAGUUCGGCAUCCGAAUCUAGCGAUGACGAUACAAACGGUGAAAGCGGCUCAAAUCUUACUACUCUAGAUGGCAAUAACAUCUCAGGUCAUGCUGAUGAUGCAAAUUACAGAAAUGAACAGAUCCAUGCAGAUGGAGCGUCUUCACGACCUCAAUGAGUGGACUCUGAGUCUCAUUUCUCGUUUGCAUAUGCUGCUCACCAAUCAAAGCCAACUUGAACAGUUGAGGUUGCAUAGGAAUUUCCUCAUGCUGUUUUUGCUUUUCGGCAUUAGAGUGAGUCGAGUUGCAUAAUAGGUGGUGCAAUCUGCGGUCGAGAAGUCAGUAACUCCGAAUUUUUUUCUGUUCUUGAAUUAGAA